ACAAGACCGCAGCAGCGGGCCUCUCUCUCCCCACGAAAACCCACGCCUCCCUCCUCCGGCAGCAGCCGUCCCUCGCUGCCGCCACCCGCCGCCGAGCUCCGUCGAUCAGACGGUUCGCUCCCUACGACCCUCUCUCGCCCGCCCCGGUGCCGCAGCCGAUUCCGCCAAGCAUUCUGGGAGAAAGCCUCCGCCGCCGCCGACGCCGACGCCGACGCCUCCAAUUCCAGUUCGACCCGCCGGCCCCCGGCUGGCAGAAAAGCAGUUCUUCUUGAGCUAUAGCUGAGGACAGUUUCAAUGGGUCCGGCAAAAGUUUCUCGAACAAUUACCAAGAUCAGAAUAAAAGGAUAUGAGGAUCGACAGCAGCACGAGGAGGUACCUAGUUCAGUCAAGAAGGAGAAAAUCUCAGAUUUAGGUCCCAUAUGGACCAACGAUGAGCUUAUGUGCUUCUAUAAAGCCUACCAUCGACAUGGAAAAGACUGGAAAAAGAUCAGUGCAGCGGUCGGUCAUAAAUCACCAGACAUGGUAAAAGCUCUCUAUGCUAUGCAUCGGACUUUCUUAUCUCUUCCAGAGCAUCAAGCUACUUCCAUGGGAUUUAUUGCAUUAGUGACUGGUCAUUGCAAUGUUUUGGAAUUAUCCUCAAGUCAUAGAGGAAAUGGACAAACAAUUAGAGCAUCUGGGAAGGCAAAGAAACAUGGAGAAGCUACUCAGCAUAAAGUACAUGAAGCACCUCACCCUCAUGGCUCCUAUCACGCAGGGAAAAUUCCUGGAUUUUCACCUUCCUUUAAGAAAAGAUACUAUGGAGAACUGGCUAGGAACAGUCAAAGUCAUCCUGUUGGGAAUCGUACCCCUCGGAUACCGGUUAUAGUUCCUGCAGACAGGAAUGCUAUUAAUGAUGCCACACCAGAAUUUAAAAACGCCAUGAGUUCUACAAAAAGGAAUAAUGACAAGAUUAAUAAUGACCGUGCUAAUUUUUCGAUGAACGAGUGCUCUCCUGAUGGAAGAUCUGGAAUCAUGGAAGCAACUAAAGGUGUUGAAUGCCAAGCUCUCUUGGAGACCAAUGGAGACACUGAGAUAUGUCAGACUCAGCAACCUCUGAAAAAAAGAAGAAUGGACCAAACAAUGGACAGAGGCCGGGCCAGUAAAGUUGGGCAUGAAACUAUGAUGGAGGUUAAAGAAGAGAACAAACCUUCUGGAUUACUCAAGCAACAGAUGUCUAGUAUGUUUAUUUCUGCAGAUGAUAUUUUGAUCUUAGACGUGUUGCAGAGUCUGGUGGAUGAACCUGAUAAGAUGUCAAAACUCAAGAUUAAUAUUACUUCAAAUACACUUAGAAAAAGUGACUUUACAUUAUCUGAGAGCAAGGAUGAAGGGCAUUCUCCUGUUGAUCUAUCUAAACAAGGGAAGCCAAUUACUGAAUGCAGUGCUUCCAAGACCAAGCGGAAAAGGCAUACCAAGGUGCCCGCUGAAGAAAUAAAUGUUGUGCAUGCUAUUGAUAUCACUGAGGGUUCCUCAAAUUCUGACUCUGCAAGAGGAUUAGAGGAUUUACCGGAAUCAACUGCAAAUAUUUUCUGUGAAGUGUACCCCACUGUACCAAGGGAAAUCAACCCUGAAAUAAGUAUGUCAAGGAGAAGGAAAAUGAAAAACAAAAUGCAUAGAAAAAAGAAGUAUGUGAUGUGCAAUAAAGGUUCAGAUAAUGUAGAGGCAAGAAAAUUACUGCACUGUUUGUCAUCUGAAUUUCUUCGCAGAUGGUGUACAUAUGAGUGGUUCUACAGCGCAAUUGAUUUUCCUUGGUUUAUGGAUAAUGAGUUUGUGAAGUACAUGAAUCAUCCAUAUUUGAGGCAUAUUUCACGGUUGGCUAGAUCCGAGUGGAGCAUAAUACGAAGCUAUCGUGGCAAGCCCCGGCGCUUUUCUGAUAAUUUUCUGGUGAUGGAAAGAAAACAACUCGAGGAUUAUCGCAAAGAAGUUAGGACAUACUAUGCUCAACUAAGUGAUGGUUCGCUAGAUUCUCUACCAGCAGACGUAGCUCGGCCAUUUUCAAUUGGUCAGCAGGUCAUUGUUCGCCACCCAAGUUCUAGGGAACUUUGUGAUGGUAAAGUGGUGAUGGUGGAUCAGGAUUGCUGCAAGGUUCAGUUUGAUAACCCUGAACUUGGUCUUGAUCUAGUACAGGACGUUGAUUGUAUGCCUGUGAAUUGGCUAGAUAAUCUUCCUGAUAAUGUCAGGAGCACAUUGGAGUCACAUGAUGUUCACAACAUACUGGAGAUGGAGCACGUUUUCAAGGUUACACCAAGUGGUAACAGAGAUCAUACCAUUAAUGAAGUUUCUAUACCUGAACUGCCUAUUAGUGUGGACAUUACAUCAGAUGAACAGCUUGAGGUCGAAUACUCUGUAGACAGUGAAAGGACACAAAAAGAGAGUACUUCUGAUGGUAUUGUACAAUCUACAGAUUUCCCAAACAACAAUGAUGAUCAUUACGAUCAAUUAGAGUCGUACUGUUCUGCAUUCGUCCGAAGCAUGCAAUCACAAGCUAGGGAGAUGGUAGACGAAGUUAUGCAGGCAACAUCUGGAGGUAACAGUUCUCAAGAUGAAGGAGCAGGCGCAGUUAAUCAAGCAACUAAUUGUAUAAGCCCUGAUCUUGGGGCUGUUACUUGUGAUUCCCAGCUUCCAUCAAACCUGAUUAUGAACUGCACUGCCACGGUUCUUGCAAUCAAGCGCCUUGCCGACUCACGGCACCCACCUGCAAACAUAGCAGGCAUCCUGCAGCGUUUCUCCGCAAUGCUGCUCCCUACCUGUUCAGAGAACCUCGCGAUCUACAGAGACAUAGAGAAACAUAUUUCGAUCAUAACGAGCCAGACAGUGGCACUUAUGCCCAGGACAUUGUAACAGCGGCAUGUUUCAUAUUCAUCCCCUUGUAGGACUCCCCCUGCCUUCUUCAAGACCUGUCGGGCCCAGCAGUCAGGCUCAGAGCGCUACUUCCUCGGCUGUCAGUUGAAAACCAAACAGGUGUUGCUGCCCUCUGACUGCGAUUGGCUUAAUUUUAACGGCGAGUCCAGUUGCAUGGCAAGAAAAAUAGCAUAUGGAGCAGAUUCCCCAUGCACCGAAACAAGUUUGAUAUGCGGUGUCUAUUCUUGUAAUCUGUGUAUAUAUUAUUGUACUUCUGCACGAACAGGUUUUACUUCCUCAUAUUUGGUAAAUAUAGGUUCAGGGAUAGUUCAUAGUUGA